AUGAAAGGAUUUCGCAUGCUGGUUGUCCUCCUGGCGUGUGCAAAUGCAGAUGAUCGAGAUUGUACCUAUGCCUUGCUCCCUCCUGGGUUCGAUCUGAGCGACAAGCUCCUAGUGCCACAAGCGCAGGUACCCAUUUGCACAACGACGACAACAACAUCCUCGACCACCUCAACAUCAUCUACAAGCACAACUGUGACUACAACAUCUUCAACCUCUUCAUCAGGUACAAGUACCACUUCAUCUCUUUCCACUUCAACCGUAUCCACCUUUACUUCCACUUCAAGCUCCACAUCGCAGACCUCCUCAACUACUACAAGCACAACAUGGACGCGAAGCAGUUCAAGCACCACCGCGACCACAACGACCUCAAGCAGCAGUGCAAAUUCCACUAACUCCGUGACAUCAACAAGCAGCACUUCUUUUGAACCUUCUACAACCACUUCUCAAAGCACUUCUUCUUCCACAACAACAAGUUCCACCACAACUACUUCCACAACGUCUAGUACCACAACAACAACUACAACAAGAAGUUCAACAAGCACAUCAACCUCUACCAGCAACUCAACGACAACUUCAACUACAACUACUUCAACAUCAAGCACUUCGACUUCUACUACUAGCUCCACCAGCACAUCGGUUUCUGUAACGAGCUCAACAAGCACUUCUGUUUCAAGCACCAGUUCAACAAGCACUAUAAGUUCUAGCACCAGCUCGACAAGCACAACGAGCUCCACAACAACCUCGACAAGUACAGCAACUCUUACCACAAGUUCAACUAGCUCUUCAAUAACCAGCACGAGCACAAGCUUCACGACCACAUCAAGUUCAACCUCCACCGCAACACUCAGCACUUCAACUUCCACAUCGUUGUCGUCUACCAGCAGCACUGCUUCCACGCUCACUGCUACGACCACGUCCAGCACCGCCACGUCUAGCUCCAUUUCUUGGACAACAUCGACGGCAACGAGUGUGACAAGUACAAGAACAUCCUCCUCUACAGCUACCAGCACGUCAACAAGUGAUACAACUUCAACUAUUAGCCACACAACAACAUCAUCCAGCACCACAUCAUCCAGUACCACAUCAACAAGUUCAUCUACAUCCUCAACAUCAUCUGCAUCCAGUAGUACGACUAGCACCACCUCAACAACUCGUUCCUGGUGUAGCAGCUUUUUCAAUGGCUUGCCACCUGUGCAAGACGACAAUUGCAGUGAUCUACAAGAGGGUGACAUGUGUGAGGCGAUCACAUUUCGAAAUUUUACCACAGAGGAUUUGAACGAUUCAAACAUCACUGAUGCCUUCUGGUGCUACGAGACUGGUCCCACCGAGUUUCUCUGCGGACGCACGGGCGUCCUGUUACCGACGUCCCGCACGGUCCGCUGCAGUGUUUGUGCUGUUGGAAGCUUCGAAGACUUAGAAGACGAGCGCGGCAAAAUCUCGGGGACCGUCUACUGGGGCCGCAACGCCAUUGAUGGUGAGAUCGAUGAAUCAUUGGUGGAUGGAUACGAUAUUUGGCUGGUUGAUAGCUGUGGUGAACAGUAUGCACACCUUGGACAAGUCCCAAAGUUGACGUGGGUCCAAGAGAAUGGAUGCUGUGACCCUACAGCCUACAACUACACGCUUGACGUCCUUGACCUGCCUCAGGAACGUAUGAGCUUCAUGAUUACGCCCUUUCAGGCGGAAGAUCGACUUCUUGCCGGAAUCCUGAUUCCCAUUGACGAGCGCACUACAACCACCACCACGUCGACAGCCAGCUCUUCAACGACAAGUACAACUUCAUCUGUUACGACUCUCACCUCCACGAGUACCACAAACACAACAUCAACAAUCACGACCUGGACCACCAGCAUGACGACAGAGACAACGUCAAGUACCUUAUCCACCACCUCUCUUUCAACAACAUCGGUUACCUCGUACAUUCCGAUCUCGGCAGUUCUGAGAGGAUGCUUUGGAAUAGCCGUCAACGCUCCAAGCGUCUUCAUUGCCGUGCCUGAAGCCAAAGAUGCCAUUAAAGAGGCGGUGGCAAACGCGGCCGGACCUGAAGUUCUGACAGCUUAUGUGCAGGACGUCCUAUUUCAGCAAGGGGAGGCUUGUGUGUCAAGACGGCUGAGUACCUUUCGGCGCUUGCAAUCUAGCCUCAGGGCUGACUAUGUGAUCGUCAUCCCUGCCACGCCUGCCACGGAAUCCUUGGGGGGCGCUGAAGCCAUUGGAGGACGGGCAAAGAAUGCCAUCGAGCUUCUGUCCAACCAGCAGGCCACAGCCUUGCUCAUGGAAUCUUUAAAUCGCUUCAGCUCUCUUCAGAAUUUCACUGCAUCGGUCACUUCUAUCGGCUCUGUCAGGCUGCAGACUGCGGUUGACCCGCUGAUCAUUCCGUCUGGUGGUUAUGAACGAGUGAUUGAAGAUGAGCAGAAAGUAGACAAUUCAGCUGCAAUAGCAGCUCUGAUUGCGUGCACUGCUUUGCUGCUAACCGCUGUAAUUUGUGGCACGGCGUUCCUGAUUCGGCGCCAACUCAAGAUAGCUGCCAUUGAGGAGAGUGAGGUAUACCCAGGACCUCUUGGUGACCCUGAACAGGACACCGGUCACAUUCCGUCCGCACCUGCAACAACACCCAUUGAGAGGCUUACGGGUGGCUUGCCCACAUCUCUUCGGCCGAGCGCGAAUGAAAGUGUACAGGAUGCGCACCCGCAGAAUGAGUGUAGUCUUCCCCCUGAACUCUCAUUUCCAGAACUUGAGAAUUUCAACAAUGAGGACAUUGGAACUUCCGGUGGCAGAGUGUUUGCCCACUUCGAUUGGAAUUUGGAGCCAAAGCUUCGCGGCUUGGCGCUCCGCCAUGGCACGAUGCGUGGGAUGCAGCGGGAUGUACAGCACUUGCUCCUCCUGCAACGAGCAAGUGUGGAGGCAGACAUCACCAAUCAUCAUGGAGUCCUAAGAGCGGUUCACUGGGCACUUGCAGUUUCCCUUCUUGACAGCCUCAUCUCAAGAUCAUUGGAGAUCACUCAGGUCACAGCGGGCUGUGCCUUGACAGCAGUGGCAAGGAACCUCUCGCAGUGGGUGGCCUGCUUAACACUGCUUCAGGUGUCCCUGGCUCGAGCAGUGGAAAGUCAAAUUUUGCAAAACAUCGUCAUUGCAGCAUGUGGCAAAUCCUUUCGCUGGAGCAGGUCUUUAUCCUUCACUGAUGCUUUGCCAUCCAGACGUCUUCAUCCAACGGCCUCAACAGUAGGAGGUCUAUUGACAGCCUUCGAGAGGGGGAAGCAAUGGGUUUCAGCUCUAUCUCUUCUGAGUUUGACAAGGGAGUUACCAUCCUGGUUGUACGGACCAAAGGGUGGAGACGUGUCGGUGACUUGGAACGCUGGUAUGGCUGCCUGUGCCACAGCUGAAGCUUGGGAGUGGGCUGUGCAGUUAGUUCAAGGAGAGCCAUGGAGAGGCGUCUCCUUGAAGGCUGUGGGCACUGCAGGCUUCAACACAGCCCUGGCUGCUGGAGAAAACUGGGUUGUGGCUCUGGAGCUUCUGAAACAACUCUUGCAUAGUGGCACACGGGCAGGCACAGCCAGUUUCUGCAUAGCGAUUGGUGCUUGCGGAUUGGCUUGGCCUUGGUGUCUUGAACUCAUAGAGAUGUCGUCAAAUGUCCAGGUGGCCAUUGAUGGAGUCGGAUACAAUGCUGCCACGAAGGCUUUUGGAGAUCAUGGCAAGUGGUGGCUAUCACUAGUUGUUCUGAAGCUGAGCAAGGGAGCUCGCAGUCUCUGCACCAGCAUCUCCAGCAUUGGCGGCAAAGCUUGGGAAGUGUCAAUGCUCGUGAUGACUGAAGCUGAAUCCUCACUUGUGGAGUCAGAUGUUGCCAUCCACAAUGCUGCCCUGAGUGCCUUGGCAGGUAACGAUCAAUGGCGGGCAACGUUGCAGCUCCAGCGGGUGCGUUUUGCUGGUCUCGAAGUGGGUCCGGGGACAGUCAACCCACUGGCCAUAGCAGCUGGUAGAGGUCGGAGCUGGCGAUCCCUCGUUUCGAUCUUGGAGGACAGACACUACCAAGAUGCAGCCGCUCUGGGAGCCGUGGUUUCUGCUUCGGCACAAGCUAAAGCAUGGACCAGGUGCUUGGAACUCCUUUCGGUGCCAGUCUUCCAGAGCCACAGCGAGUCAGCGGUGGCAUCAUACAAUGCCUUGAUCACAAUGUUGGGGCAAAGUGGUCUUCCCAACAAGGCCAUCGAACUAUUGGAACAAGUAGUGUCCUCAAGGCUGAGGCCCAGCAUCGUCACCUUCAACGCAGCAAUGGAUGCUUUGACUUCUGGCGGACAUGGAUGCUAUGGAUGCUGGCUGACGGCCGUGGAUUUGCUUCAGGCAAUCAGUUCUCAGAGGCUGCAGCCUAACCACUUCACGUACUACUAUGCCAUUCAUGCUUGCGAGAACUGUGCUAGCCGUGCAGCAGCAACGCGUUUGGCACGCCGCUUGCUUGAAGAGGCAAUUCCUGAGAUGAGCAGUUUUCCGGAGCCUCAACUUGGAAGUCGCCUCAUCGCCUUGGACCAGAUACGUGCGCACGAUGCCUUCAGCACCAGACUGGAGGCAGCAUGCACAUCUUCCAUGCAGCCUGCGUUGGCCAGGCUUGCGCUCUUGUGCCAGCGAAAGAUCAUCUCUACGGCACCAAUGAGGCUUGCAGACGAAGUGCUGGAACAGUACUUUGGCUUCGAAGGAAGCUUGACUGAACUGGUGAUCAGACUGAUCCUCAACGGUGAAGUGGAGGUGGUGCCCAUGACAGAUGAGACUGCCAUGACCGACGACAUCGACGGCACUGGGGAGCUGGAGAAUGAAAGUCGCUUGCACUUGCCCAGUGGAGCUGAGUUUUCUGGCGAAGCAUCCCCGCCACAAAGUGGCAAUGAUCAGAGGGGGCCAUCUGAUGAUCAAGGGCAAGAUGGACAAGAUGGACAAGAUGAGCAGAGCUCUUCCAGACUCUCCACUGAUGAGCACUUGCUGCGGCUUGGUGGGAAUCUGGAUGUGGAGAUGCCAGAGAUGCCAGAACCAAUUGGCGAUGUCACUUUGUGUAGCAGUUCUUCAGGCACUAUCAGCCAAGAGGGAGAUGAGUUUUCUCGCCCACGUCAAUCAGCUCAUGUUGCAGCCUCCGCAAGAGCUCAAAUAGCUUCCGAUGCGCGGUCAGCCGCACAAGCUGCAGUAGACAGUGCUGAACUCAACCUGAAGCACCCCAGGUUCCGAACCGCCAGCAAUUCUACCAGUGAUACCUUCAAAAGUCCACGACGCCGAGCGGAGGAGUAUUUGGCAGGUCCAUCAGUCAGCCAGAGUAGUGCUGUGCGCGAUGAGCCACGACGCAAGAUGGUCCCAGCUGCCAGCACCAGUGCAGCGCCGCGCGCCCAAGGCGGCUAUGGCGCCCAAGGCGCCCAAGGCGCCCGAGCCUGGCAUCAGGGCCUGGCAAGGCAGAAAGCGGAGGUGGAGGCAUCAGUCCAGGACUACCGGAGGCUGUUGCUGAAGUCCUUGAAGACCUUGUCCCAGGUGAAAUCAGCUCUCUAUGAUGCAGAUGAGCGCUCUAUGCAUCUGACGAAGGGAGCUGAAGUACUCCUUCCGGAAGUCUGGGAAGUCAUCAACUCACUUCUUCAAGGUGAUCUUGGUCAGGCGGCAGCCAUGCAAUCCAAGGCUGAAGAGGAGGCUCGGGUCCAUCAAGAUCUCAAGGCAAAACUCCGGGUGAGUUCAGCUGCGCUGGAAGUGGAGGCAGCCUUGACUUCCUGCGAUGAGCUGCGCAGCCGCAUUGAAGAGGUGCAAAGCCGCCUUGCAGAGAUACGAAGUCAGGACAAGACGAAGGGGCAGAAGUCGAAGAUCAACAAGGCCCAGGCCCAUAACCUCAUCAGAUCCUACACAGCGAUUUUGCUGCCUCAGUUGCCUGACUUGGUGAAUUCGGCAGACCAGAGGACUGCCUCCGAAGCCACAGCAAUCCAUUUCCUGCAGGCGGCCCACGCAGCCAACAGUCAGAAUCCACCAUCCUCUCCACUGACACCAGGAGGACAAUCAGCUUUGGCGCAAGCUCGAGCUGGUUUUCAACCACUGAGGCUCGUGGCAAGCCAUGACUAG